CCAAGAGCACAUAAACAGGAGGAGAGCCUCCAGUUCUCCUCCGUCUUGCAGUGCCUGGCCGGCAGAUCCCAACAAUGCCUGUGUCAGGUUCCUCGCUGCCACAACUUGGGCUGUUUCUGUGCCUUACACUGUGCUUUUCCUCUGCCUUCUACACAUCAUAUGACAACUGCAUGGUCUUUGAUCACGUCUUUACCACCAACAACUCGGGAAUCAAGAUUGAGCCAGAAGUCUUUGAAAACAACACAAUCUACACAGUUUUGGUUCCUGUGAACAAGCAAGUGAGAACCGUGAUCCUGCAAGCAGUGGACAAGGACAACAGUUCCGUGGGCCUGUGGGACGGAGCAGAUGAGGAAUGCAACAACAGCACUGCCCUGUACCACGGGACUCACGUAAAAGACUCAUUCAUCAGAGCACACUGGAUAGCCCCUAAAUCUAAAGACAUAACUGAACUUGAACUACAUGUCUUUGUUGUCAAUGUCAAUGGCACAGCUGCAUUUUCUUCUCUGGAACUUGGACAUAAAGUACUACCCACAGCCUUUACUUCUACCACCAAGAUUCCUGAGGACAGCCAGACCACAGCCAAGACCACAACCCUCACCACAACGAAGACCACAACCUUAACCACAGCCAGCAGCUUCGCCAUUAGAGUGCUCAGCAGCCCCAUUACAGGAGCCUUCCAUAUCCUGCUUGUUUUUCUCACCAGCAAGUUCCUCUUCUAAGGGAAGCAGCUGUCUGACCUCCAGGACACCCUUCAGAGCACACACUCUGGCUAGUGCUUUAAUGUGUGUAACUGAAGGUUUUAUGUUCAAUGUGCAACUCCAAUGCUACUGCUUUGGACCAAAGACCCAAGACUCACUAGUCAGUUUGGGUCACACAAAUGUUCACCUAAAUAUUUCAAAGCACAAAUUAAAUUAUGGGGUUUUGCGGGGGGUUGGUAUUUCAAGGUAGGGUUCCACUCUAGCCCAGGCUGACCUGGAAUUCACAAUGUAGUCUCAGGCUGGCCUCAAGUUCAUGGUGAUCCUCCUACCUCUGCUUCCCAGAGUGCUGUGACUAAAAGCGUGCACCACCAUGUCUGGCAAAUUAUGCUUUUUGUAAAUAUUUAAACUGGAGUUCUGCUCUCAGUUUAACAUGUUGACAGUCAAUUGGAACUUCUGUUCUUGACAAAGGGGUCUGGUGAACCUCCUGGGUUUCUAGGAGAGGAGCCCUUCCUUACUAUCAAGAAGAUCUCAGAUUCCUAACCAAACCCACUCCGAUUAUUCAGAACUUCUGUGACUCAUGGGACUGGAGGAGAAAGGUGAAAGCAGAAGUGGUCCUGAGGCUCCUGGCAGCUUCCCAUUUUGUCCACUCCAGUAGGUUUUGAAGGGCAAGAGAGUACCAAGGUACCAUGUCGGAGCAGCCAAUGACAGGACAAAUGAUGCUAUGAAGAUAUUUUUUUUCUAAGUGACACCAAAUAAGUGAUACUUCGAUCGAUCAAGAAUAAAUGAAUGUGUUAAAUUCAAAGAUAAGUAAUGAGUGAUUAACUUAAAAUACAGAAAAUGUUACCUAAUUUUGUUUAUUAAAAAAUUAAUGAAAUGGUAA